CGUAAAGUUCUGCUGCGGAAGAGGGAUGCGGAGGAGAUGGCAGAACUUAGAUAGCCCUGUGUUUGGGAAUAUUUUCACCAUGAACGUUUUCCGGGGGAAACCCGGGAACAGAGGCCGGCUGCUGGUUGUUGCGGUCGUGUUUCUGUGCUGUGUCGGCUCUGUGCGCAGUUUCGGGCAGAACCAAGACAGCGAGUUCACGUUCCUGCUGCCUGCUGGGAGAUCCGAGUGUUUCUUCCAAUCAGCAAUAAAGAAUGGCACGAUGGAGGUCGAAUAUCAGGUGAUAGCAGGCGCUGGCAUGGAUGUCGACUUCACCAUCGUCUCCCCUAAAGGCGUCCAGCUCAGCUAUGAGUCUCGACGCUCGGAUGGAGUCCACGUGGUGGAGCCCACCGAGGAGGGGGACUAUGAAAUCUGCUUUGACAACAGCUUCAGUCGCUUCUCUGAGAAGAUGGUGUUCUUUGAGAUCAUCAUCGAAGGACAAGGAGGAGAUGUGGGAGGAGAUGAGGAGUGGGCAGGUUUAGAGGAGCCUGACGGCAGCCUGCUUGAAUACAAGCUGGAAGACAUCCGGGAGUCCAUGGACUCUCUGCACAGGCGUUUGGAGCGCAGCCGGCAGAUGCAAACGGUGUUGCGAGCUUUUGAGGCACGAGACCGAAACCUUCUGGAAGACAACCUCUGGAGAGUUUCCUUCUGGUCGUGCGCCAGUGUGCUGGUGAUGCUGUGUGUGGCCCUUACACAGGUCUACACUGUCCGCAGACUGUUUGACGAUAAGCGGAGGGUCUGCACAUAGAGGCAUUAUUUUACAUUCAUACAAGGCAGGCUGGGAAGCAGAACAGUCCAGCACACGACGUUUUGCUGGUUACCCGCUCAAAUUGUGCUCCGUUAUUGUUCGUUUAUUCUACAUGAACACCAGCAGUCAACAUAAAUUCAAAAGGAUCUUUAUUCAGUUUCUCAAAAAACCUUGGACCAUAUCAGUUUGUUCGCAAUAUUCAAACAAUAUCAGAUCAUAAAGGGUAACCAGAUGUGUAAGAGACUAGAGAAAGUUGGUUAUAUCAUUUCAUGCAGUGCCUUUAAUGUCAAAUCUCACCACAGACCAAUGAGGAAAUACAGAUUUUCGUAAAACUGCUGACCUACACUUCUGAAACUGGUUUAAAGGGUUGGGAAAUUUUUCCGCUAAAGGUAACGUUGCCAUCCGUAAAGAUGAAGGGUCGGCUAAAUGGCACUCCCGUUCUGCUGGUUUACAGGGGAUAUCUACGUGCAAUAGUGGUGUUGGAAUAUUUGUUCUUGUAGAUCCUGCCAUUAUAUUGGUGAUUUAAAGUGUGAUCACUCCAAGUGUUUCCUUGGUUACAGCCGUUUAGACUUUUUUUUUUUUUUUAAAGAGGUUACUGAGUUGCUUUUUUUUUUUUUCCAGCACAAGUCAAUGCUGACAUGUUGACAAUGCAGAAUAAGAAAGAGGGAUGAUUUCCAGCGUAGUUGCCAAUAAUGUGCACGUGACAGUUCAUUUCCAGAUAAAUGUGCAGUUUGUGCGUGAAUGUCAGUUCAGGUAUGCAUCAGGAUAACUCAGUGUGUGAAUUUUGUGCGUCUCUGGCGUCGGUCUUUUCUUUUAAACGAUCAAACAUGCCUUUUUUUCUGAUGUAUGUACAUGUGUCAACAGAGUUUGAUUUUACUCAAACAUUUUUUUUUUUUUUACUAGGAAAAGGCGUUUGUUGCAUAUUCUGUAAGAUGAUUAAAAAUCAGGUUUUCAUGGGAGGCAUUGAUCAUAAUAAAUGCAUUUUUACACAGGAGGUACUUUGAUGUGAGUUGUCUUUGCAGAUUAAAAGCUACUAAAGUUUACCUUCUAAAGAAAUGUGAUUAAUCCCAGUAAAGUUUUAUCAAUAAAACAAAAUUCGACCACAAA